GUUUAUCCAGUGCAGAUAAUGAGUUUUGAGUUUGCAGUCCAUCUUCUCCAGCCCAGACCGCCGACAGCGGGAAUGACUCCCCGACUCCCGAGCGACCCUUCUCCUCCAAGCUCUGACUCGGCAAGUCUUCACCUCUCCCCUCUAGAAACUCUUCAAUUCCUCUCUCUUCAAUCAUUCUUCAAUUGUAUUUGAGUUUCGCUUUUGUCGCAUAAACUCUGUUGCGAUUUCUCUCUAGCGUCCGCCCCUCCUCCGACCAAGCUAGAACCAUUCUCCCCGCCAUCCAUCACCUCUGUAUACAACUUGACUUCGACAACACAUACCCUGCGACUAAAUUUAUCGAGAAUGUCCGCCCCUUCGCCCACUGACUCUGGCAAGUCGGCCAACCCUCUCAAGCGAAUUGACAAUGAGGGACAUGAUCUCCCUCCAUCUCCCGCUCCGUCAAGCCCUCGCAAUGGUCGCAAACGCUAUGCCCUCGCCACCGAACUUGUAUACACAGACAGCAAGGACCAAUAUGGCGCCUCCAGCGUUCCCAUCUAUCAGUCUGCCACUUUCAAGCAGACAUCAGCCAGCGGUGGCCAGCAAGAAUAUGACUACACGCGCUCUGGAAACCCCACCAGAACGCACCUCGAACGACACCUUGCAAAGAUUAUGAACGCUCAGCGAGCGCUGGCUAUCAGCUCGGGAAUGGGUGCUCUCGAUGUUAUUACUCGACUACUCCGACCUGGCGAUGAGGUUAUCACUGGCGAUGAUCUCUACGGUGGCAGCCACCGUCUGCUUACUUACCUAGCUGCCAACCAAGGCAUCAUUGUUCACCAUGUCGACACAACAACCGUUGAUAGCGUGCGGGCACGCCUCUCGGAGAAGACCGCCAUGGUUUUGCUAGAGACUCCCACCAAUCCUUUGAUCAAGGUUGUGGAUAUUCCAUCUAUCGCUCGCUUGGCACAUGAAGUCAACCCCAAGGCUCUCGUUGUUGUUGAUAACACCAUGCUUUCUCCCAUGCUGUUCAACCCUCUUGAUGUGGGUUGCGACAUUGUGUACGAGUCUGGAACCAAGUACCUGUCUGGUCACCACGACAUUAUGGCUGGUGUUAUUGCCAUGAACGACACUCAGAUUGGAGACAAGCUAUUCUUUGUCAUUAACUCCACGGGCUGUGGUCUAUCACCAAAUGACUCUUUCCUGCUUAUGCGAGGUGUCAAGACUUUGGCUAUUCGAAUGGAGAAACAGCAAGCCAACGCCCAAGCCAUUGCAGAGUUUCUCGAGUCCCGUGGUUUCCGUGUUCGAUACCCUGGACUCAAAUCCCACCCCCAGUACGAUCUGCAUUGGUCUAUGGCUCGCGGUGCUGGCGCUGUGCUCUCGUUUGAGACUGGUGAUCCUGCCGUUUCCGAGCGUAUUGUUGAGGCUGCCCGUCUCUGGGCCAUCAGCGUCAGUUUUGGCUGUGUCAACAGCUUGAUCAGCAUGCCCUGCCAGAUGAGCCAUGCCAGCAUCGACGCCAAGACCCGAGCGGAACGACAAAUGCCUGAAGAUAUCAUCAGACUGUGCGUUGGUAUCGAGGACCCGAAUGACCUGAUUGAGGAUCUUUCUCGCGCUCUGGUUCAGGCUGGUGCUGUGACCGUGACUUUGGAUGGUUUCCAUGCUGCUGGCGUAGCCAAGGAGCUUGGAGCAACCCCCCUUGUCAUUCAAUGAGCUACAAAAGUAUCGCGAAGAAGGGCCACGAAAUAACAGGUCAAUCCAAUUGAGCCUCAAGGAACAUUUUGAUUUUUGCAAGCGAAUUCGAUAGUCUAUUGAUUACCAGUUCUCUACCACCGGACUUGUCAUGGUUCUCGACCAUUGACGGAGUGGUGGCAAGGGGAAGUUCACCGCCGUAUACCGCCUCACCGGCAUUUCUAUCAAUAAAAAGUAAAGGAAAAGAAAAGGCCUGUAUUAUCAUCUCGAGCUGGCGUUGGCAGGGAUGAACCACGGAGUUAGAUUUAUUUGUUUUGGGAACCUGCAAUAGGUUUGAGACAGAUCCAGAAAUACGAAAGAUUCAAGAUCGAACAUACCCGUCUGCUGUAU